AUGCGUUGAUUUAUUACUACUGUGGUUUCCAUAACGAUUUUAAUAUGGAUGGCAAGUCCUCGAUUGAAAAAAUGGUUUUUGACCUCAGACCAUUUAUUUGCAAGGUUAUCAGGGGACCGAGGGUACUUCAGCACCUUUUAUGUUACAUUUCACCAGCGGAUGCCAACGACAUUAAAAAUGCCUACGGAAACAUGCUACAUGAAAAGGCAACAAAUAUGUUACUAGACAAACUUAUUGAGAGCCAGCAAACUGGUAAAUGGCAAGCAUUUGUUCAUGCAAUUGAGGAAGCAGAGUAUCCCUACAUAGUUACCAUUUUGAAAGGUAAAUACGAUAAUCAUAAUCUUGAGGAUUAUCGUCAUUAUAAGUCAGUUAUACAGAUAUUUGCACCGUUCUUGGCAUCCCAAGUGCAGCCAGAAUCUGUAUUGUGUCAACUAAAACAUGCUGGCCUUAUAGACACGAUGGAUGAACAAGAACUCUAUGCAUGCGCAAAAGUCGAUGGAACAACAGCGGCAACAAUGUUACUGCUUGAUCGCAUUCAAUGUCGACUAGCACCUUCAAAAUGGUUUGUCGAAUUUUUAAGAAUUUUAUACAUCAAUGGAUACAAGGACAUUGUUAAGGAAAUGGAGCCGGAAUUUACGAUUGAGUGUGAAGUUUUAAAACAAGUCAAUGAUAUACCAGGAAACCAUGAUAUGGAACAGGAUAUCUCAGAAACGACUUUGACUGAAUAUAUAAUUGCAACACGGUUAGAUGGUUUCAGGCAAGAAAUAAUUGAGCUUGUUUCUCUACAGAAAAUAGCUGCCAAUCUAUCACUGCACCUACUGCCAAUUCCCGUGAUAAUCCGGUUGUCAAGACUUAGCAAAGACAGCAAUAAAGAAGCCAUGGAAAGUCUUUUGGAGGAGGUCGGCAAAAUGGACAACCCGAACAAAUGGAGUUUGUUUGUAACAUGCUUGAAGGAAUCUGAUUAUUCAUAUAUUGCCGGGAUACUAACAAGGACUAGCGAUAGAGGUACACAUUACAGAGAAAGAAAUUUGAUCAAACUAUUUACUCCGACACUUCAGCAUCAGUUAGAACCCGGAGAGUUGAUUAGUCAUUUGCUCGCUGACAAUAUCAUAAACGAAAAAGACAAAGAUGAGAUAUUGUUGAAAUACAGAUGUUCUGGUAGCAUUGCAGCAUCGAUAGCUUUGCUAGACUGUAUGCAAUGCAGACUUUCUCCAGAUGAGUGGUAUUCGGGGUUUCUAAAUGCUCUAUUAAAUUGUGGAAGAAAUGAUCUUGUAAACAUGGUGGACCCAGAUUUCCUGCAUAAGUCGGAGUACAGAGGCGAAAUUUUGGAUGAAGUAAAUCUAUGUGAACCGAUUUCGAUGCAGUCAUCUAACUUUCGUCUUGAAUCUGCUUACGGUAGAGUUCUUAACAUGGAACAUUCUGCGAGACAACAAGUAGCAAAAUUAAGACAGAAGUACGAUGAAAUGGAAAAUGAGGCAUUGAUGGAGAUACAGGGUGUAUCAGCAGAAUUGAUAAACACUCUGCUUGAAACAAAUGACCAACUGAAAAGUAUGGCGUCCAAUAAUUACGCAGGUCAGAUGAAAAUUGAACGUCUUUUAGAUAAAACACUUGAUGAUAUCCAUAGAAAAGAGUUUAAAUUUGUGCCUGAAAAGGGGUUUUUAUCUUUCCCAAAAUUGGGAUCAAUUCAUCAAACGACAAGGAGGCGUCGGCGUGGCCCAAAGAUUUCCAGGGAUCGCUCUCAGUCACCGUGUAUGGUAUAUAAAGACAGAAGACAUGGUAAUUACAGACACCGGUCUUUAUCUUCUGGUUCUACCCAAUCGUCUGGGUUCAUAAAAAUUGACGGAGAAAGAGAUCAACGCAUAUUUUCAUCACAUAGCAACAGCCAAAAUGCCAUAUCUAAUGAAACAGUUCUCAAAGAAUAUUAUUUCACACGGCAGGUUUCAGUAUCAAGCACAAGUACAUUCACUAAUGAUUCGCGCUCCCUUCCGAGUUCAGAUGAUAUAUUAAAUAGCGGUGAUUAUGAAGCGAUAAAAAGCACAGAAUCACACGACGCAAAUGAUAUUGGAAGGUUAGAAAGCUUUGUUAAUUUUAUAUGUUAUAGAACGGUCAGUGUUUCAUAUGCACAGAACGGCUACCAGUUGUCGAGUUUAUGUAUGCUGACAACUAAUGAGCUUGUAAUGGUUGACCAAAACCACGCUAGCGUCAUUUUGUUUGAUCCAAUCCAUGCACUUUUGAAAACAUGUAAGAUGAAAAGAUGUUUUCCAGUAAAAGUGAACUGUUGUGAAAACAACAACGUGUUCAUUCUUUCCAGAAGAGGCAUCUCUAAAUAUACCAUAGUCAUGUACAAAGUACAUUAUAUAAGGACUAAAACUGGAAAACUUUUUUUGCAUAAUCUGCUUCCUGUUAAAAAAAUACAUAAUAUAUGCAAUGGUCAGAUAUGCUCUUUCACUUGCUCCAAAGAUAAAGUGUUAACUGUUUGCUCGUUUGGUCAUAUUCAUAUGUUCACGCAUGACGGUAAAGAGGAAAGGGUAGUAAAAAGUAAAACAACAGAGACUAAAGCAAACUUUACUUGGCCACAAUUUUGUACCAUUGAUAAGGACUCUUACGCGGUUUUCAUUUACGACGUGUACUCAGCAAGCAUAGGGAAAUACAUAUUAAGCAGUGGAAAGUGUAUAUGGACUGUUGAUAUAAAAAAUGGUGAAAUAAACGAUUUAAUUGCUUGCUUUGGUCGGCUGUUUAUAUCACAGAACAAGAGCAAUACAAUCAUGAUUUUAAGGCAAGAUUCAGGAAAGUUAGAUCCAUUUUUCAUGCCAGAUGAAAAUAUUUGUUAUCCAUUAGCUUUUACGUGCAAUCAUAGCCAAAGCACUCUACUCGUAUCUACAUACAACUACAGAAGAAAAAGGGGCAAUCACAUAAUAAGGUUCUAUUAAUAAGAAGUAACUUACAAACAGAUGCAACGACACUAUCAAGUCAAUAUUGUUUAUAGUUUUAUAUCCACUUUGGAAUGCAAUAUUGCAAAUACUAUUUGAUUUCCUUAGUUUAAUUGAAUCGCAUUCGUUAUUAAAUGUCA